GCACCAGACUUCACACCAUGUGGACCCUAUCAUUCAGUGUCCACUCAGAAAAAAAAUUGUGAGCCUCGAAACUGCUUGGAAAUUCCUCGUUUUGAGCUCACUGAGGUAGGAAACAAUUUAUGGAGGUGUGUGUUGACUCAGUGAGGUCUGCAACUGCUGCAGAAAGGGGCGGAGCAACAAGAAUUGAACUAUGUGCAGGUCUGUCUGAAGGAGGCACCACACCAAGUCUUGGGUUGCUACGAAUAGUGAAGGCUGUGACCAAGUUACCCGUAUUCGUUCUGAUCCGUCCGCGAGCUGGAGACUUCCUGUACGAACCUGAAGAGCUAGAGGUCAUGAGAGAAGACAUUCAACUCUGCAAAGAGAAUGGCGCUGACGGCAUUGUGUUUGGCGCCCUCACAAGCUCAGGGUCUGUUGACGCAGAAGUUUGUAAAGAAUUUGUGGAGCUGUGUCGACCUCUACCUGUAACAUUCCAUAGAGCCUUUGACAUGUGCAGUGAUGCCCACACAUCUCUGGAAACCCUGAUCUCUCUCGGCUUUGAGAGAGUUCUGACCAGCGGCCAGGAGUCCUCCGCCCUGGAGGGUCUUCCGCUGAUCAAAGAACUGAUCCAAAUAGCCAACAACAGGAUCAUUGUAAUGCCAGGUGGAGGAAUCAAUGCAAGGAACCUGGAUCGCAUUCUGACUGGCUCCGGCACUCGGGAGUUCCACUGCUCGGGACGAGGCACUCAGGACUCACAGAUGGUUCACAGGAACAACAGGGUGACGAUGGGAGCGUCGCUAGCACCUCAAGAAUUCAACCACAAGGUUGCCGACGAGGAGCUGAUCAGGACAUUGAAGGACAUACAACAUGCAGUCUAGAACGUAGAGGGGUGCCAUUGGGAUCACCCUCAUUCAAGAACGUCAUGAUUGUCAAGUAACAUAUCCAGAAUAUACUGAAAUCCUCCAGUUGGAAUUAACCGUUCGUCUAAGAUGGAAGUCUGAAUUGCAAUCACGAUGAUUGAGCCUUAAGAAAAUCCAGUCUUCCAUUUUUCCAAAAAAUAGUUUAAUGAAAGGUAUUUUUCAGCAGUCAUCCACUUCUCCAACAAAGAAAUAAUAACCUGUUGUUUAAUUCGUUAGUUUAUACAAGCGAGCAGUUUUACCGAACGUAGAUUUUAAAUGGGAACAAGAAAUGUCACUUCUUCAUCUCGUGGCUUCAUUUCUUGCCUGGAUUGCAAGUCAACUAAUGAAUUUAUUUGUUUUCAUAUAUAUAAUUUAUGUAAUAAAUGUUUGCCUAAAAACACUGUGCCGUCCUGUAAGUUUUUUUUCAACAUGUCACAAAAUAGUUAGAUAUUUAUUUUCAUUUGUGUUUUUUUUUUAUAAGAAGAGUAACUUUUUGGUACUUGAACAAGUUUUCAGUUAAAAAAAAAUCAGCGAAUACCAACCGCUGACGCGUGUGGUUUUACUUUUUCAGAUGAUCUCGAAUCAUCGGACGAUAAUUUUUUCACAUAAUUGGUAACAGAGGGCGCCCUGGGUCUAUAGUUUUAGCUCAAGCCGCCUUCCGAUGUGCGGGUGAUAAAUGACCUUGAAUUCAAGUGCGUUUGGGUCAUACAACCCGGCCAGCUACCUGACACCAUGCAAUAUUUGCACUCGAACACAGUUGUCGGGGGUCCGUUCCAUUGAUGGUAUAUUUACUGUAACUGAAGAUUUCUUUGAAAACAAAUCUCGAAAAUUAUUUUGGCCAGCGCUUCUGGCUAAGGUCAGAGGACAUGUAGGGCCUACAUAUCAGAUUUUAAUUCCUUAAAACAAUUUCUCACUGCUCCAAAAUGUCUUAUCAAGUUAGAAACAGAUCGUCCUUUUAUUUCAAACCUGAAAGUGCAAAAUACAUGCAUGUACAUUCUAGUGGAGACUCGAUUUCAUUUUAUUGUCAUUCGUAAAGCGAACGAAGUAUAUUGUUGCUUCAAAUAGAAUCCACCGUAGUACCUAAUCUA